AUGUAUGUAGAAACUUUCACCACCUCCAUCGACCCGCUUGUUCUCAGAAGAGACGACAAGUUGCCUGCUUUGAACACAGGUACCACCACAUCGACACAAGCACCUUCCACCACAAACCUUGAUCAGUCCAGCACAGCCACCGACUCGAGCCUGACGAGUCAGAAGUCUGCGGCGCCAAACCUGGCCAACCUUCCCCAGAUGUCCUCCUCGAAAGCCGGUGGACUUCCUGGCCUUCCUACUCUCACUACCACCUCUGCUACUAGUGCAACGUUCACCACGCCAGCGAUCGAUGUUCCGUCAAUAAAAAAUAAUCCGUUUAUUUCUAGCACCAACAAGCCUCGAGGCACCGUUUUCAUCGGCGUGGGUAGUGCGGUGGCGGCCGUGCUUGUUCUCUUUGGCUUGUACAACUUGAUCAAGUCGUUCAUGGCCUCCUCCUUGGCCAAAAAGACCGUCAACAACGAGAAGCGCUCGUACCAGAGAUUUGCCGACAACGCUGCUUAUAGAGACAACAAUCGCUCGUCGACUGUGUUUGAUAACUUGACCACUGUCGGCAGUAGAUUGCCUCCUGGACCUGGCUCCUACACGGGCUCGCAGUAUGAGGGAAGCAACUCGUUCUUCGAGCUGAUGCCUGUGACUUCGCACCAGGACUUGACCAACAUGUUCAUUUCGCCCACCAGAGAGGUCAUGACGGGCCACAGCCGCUCCUUGGCGGAUAGUCAAGUGAACGUAUCCACAUUAGGUUCCGGCCGUCCUGGUCUCAAUGCCAUCGGUAAUAGAUCCUCGCAGCACAUGCCCAGCAUGUAUUUCCAUGAGGGAGCUAGCAACUCUACAGUUGGCGCUGGUGCAGUGCCCACCAGAACCCCGGAGAGAAGAAGAAGAGCCGUGCCGAGUAUGUACUUGGAGGAUCUCGUCGAUGAUGACUUCAACAAGCAGAUCAGCGGAGAAAACAAGCCCAGUCCAUGA